AUGAAGUCCAAAGCUGCUUUGUUUGGCGUGGUCGUGUUGUUGAUGAGCUUAUGGCCAUGGGAAGCAGCAGCCCAAGUGGCGGUGAAGCUGGGAAGAUGGAGGCUUCUCGUACAAAAUGGGGGCGUCUCUGCCAUGCACAUGACCACCACGCAUUUAAACACAGUGGUGAUGUUUGACAGGACCAACUUCGGGUCGUCGCAAAUCCUGCUGGACAACGGGCGUUGCCGCGACAACCCACAGGACCAGGUCAGCACUCACGACUGCACGGCGCAUUCCAUCGAGUACAACGUAGCCACCAACAAUGUGAGGCCGCUCAUGAUUUUCACCGACACCUGGUGCUCGUCUGGGGCGUUUGCGGCAAAUGGAACGUUGGUACAAACCGGCGGGUAUCGCGACGGGUCACGGGAUAUCCGUUACUUCGUCCCUUGCUCGGACGGCAGCUGCGACUGGAACAAUUUCGAGGGGCCGAAGCUUGCCGCAGAUCGGUGGUAUGCCGCCAACCAAAUCCUCCCGGACAACCGCAUUAUCGUUGUCGGCGGCACCCGAAUGUUUCACUACGAAUUUGUCCCCAAGAGCCCCGGCGAAGGAGUUUUCAACUUGCCGUUUCUAUCUCAGACCCGAACCAGUGCCCAAGUAGAGAACAACCUCUAUCCAUUUCUCCACCUCUCCUCCGAUGGCAACCUCUUUAUCUUCGCCAACAGGGACUCCAUUCUCCUCGACUACAAAACCAACGUUGUCGUGAAGACCUUCCCCAGAAUGCCGGGUGACGGCCCGCGGAACUACCCUUCCACCGGGUCAUCCGUAAUGCUGCCACUCUCAGCCGCCGACGGGUUUACCAAAGUGGAAGUUCUCAUCUGUGGAGGCUGUCCGGACAACGGUUUCGCCCUGGCCAGCGCAGGUAAUUUCACGGACGCGCUCCGUAGCUGUGGACGAAUGGUCAUUACAGACCCGAAUCCUUCGUGGAGCAUGGAGGACAUGCCCGGGCCGAGAACCAUGUCGGACAUGCUCAUUCUUCCCAAUGGCGAAAUCAUCAUCAUCAACGGAGCACGACAGGGAGUAGCUGGAUGGAGCAUGGCAACCGACCCCGUCCUCACACCUUACCUCUACCGGCCUGCUGCACCAGUCGGAAAGCGCUUCUUCAUCCUAGCGGCCACAGGCAUCCCGAGAAUGUAUCACUCUACUGCUAACAUGAUGGCAGACGGGAGAAUCAUUGUGGGCGGCUCCAAUCCACAUGCGGGCUACGUCUUCACGGGAACUAACUUCCCCACGGAGCUCCGGCUGGAAGCAUACAGUCCUUAUUACUUAGAAAACGUCUACACAGAUUACGCCCGCCCCAUGAUAACCUCGCUGUCGUCAACCUCGCUCUCCUAUGGCACCACCUUCAUAGUUGUUUACUCUGUCCCCCAUUCUGUUACCGACGUUAUACAGUUCAAUGCAUAUGCUCCGUCGUUUACGACCCACACCAAUUCGAUGAACCAGAGGCUGCUCAUUCUCGGCUCUAAAACACCGACCCUCGUUUCAAAUGCAACAGGGAAUGUCGUGUAUUCUUGUUCCGUGACUGCCCCGCCAAGUGGUGUGGCUGCCCCUCCAGGUUAUUACAUGCUGUUUGUUGUAAAUGGUGGCAUUCCCAGCGUCGCCCAGUGGGUUCAUUUUUCAUAA